AUGAUUAUAGUAGCCUAUAUUGAAAAAACAACAACAAUAGUUGAAAGACUACGAUCUGCUUGGUGUGUUGUGUUUUUUUGUCGACCAUGGUUUAUCUGGAUAAAAUUUAAAACAUUUAAUUUAAUACAAGCCAGAAAAAAUAAUAAAAGCAGAUAUUUUAUUACACAACCAGCAUUUUUAUCGGUUGAAAUAAAUGGUCAUAAUUUAUUAUAUUUAAUUUUACUUGUCAAACAAAAGCAAAAUACGCGAGCGUUAAGUGGAAUUUAUUCAGCCAUAGUCAACUUUAUAGUACAUGAUUUUCUACGACGUGCCCGAAGAUUAUCAUUAUUGAAUGACAUUAAAUGUAAACAGUUACAUAAUGGUUCAGUUGACAAGUUAGUCUUUCCGGUUCAUUAUAAACAUCGAGUUGAACGUCAAUCAUCAUUUACACACAGUCAACUUGAAAUUGAUGAAAUAGACAUCGAACAAGUUAUUGCUGAUGCCUAUCAUCAUGCUGUUGAUAUGCUUGAAGUGAAUAUUUAUUCGACAAUUAAAUUCCAAUUCACAAAACAUAAUUACUCUUCUCAAAUAAGCAAUAUAGACGAUGAAGUAUUUGAAAGUGACAAUGAUAAUGCUGAAGAUGGAGAUGACACAACAAAUGAUCUCAGCAUGAAUGAGGACAAUAAUGAUAGCUCUAUUAACAACGAUUACACUGAUGAAGAUGAACAAAAUAACAUUCAUGAUUUAAUAAAUACUACAAAGAAAGACUUCUCUGGAGUAAAAAUUGCUGAUAAAGUGGAGCCUCAUAUUUAA